UAUUAAAUUUGUUUGCCAUCCAUCUCACCACAAUACAUGAAGUGCACAUUUGUACUGGAAAAAAACCCCUAAUAAAUUCAAGAUCCAGAUUGUAAGAUAAUUUAGGCAAGUGGAAACCUUCUUGGGCAUAAAUAAGACAUUUAUCCAUAAACCUGUUAUUACCAUAUCUGAUCUUUGGGGCAAUGUAACCUAUUGCCUCCUGUAUUAUGAUUAUGAUUUUAAAACAAUUAGGCUUCUUUUUCAGAUCAUACAAACUGUUCUGAAGUCUUGCUAUUUAUUUGGUCUCUCAUUUACAACAGUGUCAUAUAGUUAUAUAUAUACAAAGGCAUAACUCAGAAGCAGGCUUUUGGACGUAUUUUAUAACUGUAGUUAUUUGCGUCAGAAAAGCAUUACCCCCUGACACAAAGUAAACUUGCCUUUUUAUUACUUUUUAAGUACUCUCUGCUCCACCUUGUAUACCCUGGUGGUAAUCCAUCUGUUGUAUGCUACAGAAAUUGUCAUAAAGAGUGAGUAGAGUACAAUCCUCUGUGUGGUUUUGUUUGGACUUUUUGAUGUGUAAUUAUUUCUCAGAUGAGAAGCUGGAUAAAUAAUGACUCAGGUGGGCCUUUCGUAAUUACAACAAUUUUGUAAGAUUAUUCUAAGUCACGGACAGGUGUGAAUAAUCCCUUGUGGACAUUUCAUCUUUUAUUUCAAUCUUGCUUUUCCCCUUGUACAUCCCCAUCGUUGUGGCUGGGCAUCCAUAUUAUAGGCAAGGCCAAGAGAUUGGGGGGGUGGGGUGGGAGUUGCAACAACACAUUUUUGUAGUCCAAGAGGGAUCUGCCUCAGAAAGAGAGAAGCGAAGGCUCCCCGCCUCCCCCUGCCCAGCAGACAGUUCCUUGAACGAAAAGCAGCGAGUUAGGAAGCUCCUUUGUGCAGAUUCCUUCAUCUCCUUCUGGCUGCCAGCUGGCUUUCAUUCAACAUUGUUUUCAUCGCUGGAGAGCGAGCGAGCGAGAGCAACAUCUUAAAAAGGAGGCUACAAAAAGACAUGGGAGUUGCUGAGGGAAAAAGGAAAAAGAGAGAGAGAGAGAGAGAGAGAAAGAGAGAAAGGCUCGACCUAAACAAAGCAGCUGGAGAGAGCCGGGCUCUGUAGUGUGAGGAGCUCAGAGUGCAGCAGCUUCUUCCUCUGCCAAGCGAGAUGCAUCCCCCUGAGUUUCUUUAGUCAGGAAACAAAAAAGGAGCCUGUGUCGAGGUGGUGGAUAGAGGAAAGCCGUGGGCUGGCUGCCAACCCCAGGAUGACGGGAGGAGCGACCCUAGAAUACAGCAGCAGCUGCUCGGGCUUCCACAGCCAUCUCCGGAAAAGUAGGCACGUAAGAGGCUGGAUGGGGUUAACGGAACAAGGUCCCAGGUUACGUGGAAUUAUUCUGGGCCCUCCGAGCCAUUAUGUUAUCACCUGGGUACUUCUUGAUCACUGGAGGCUUGAGAACAUAGCUGAAGCUGCUACUUCACACCCUGAGGCUGAAGGAGCAGACAAGAGGCUUGAACCUUGAGGUGGUUGUUAACUCUAAGAUGUCCUUGAGCGGUGGAGCUACCGGAGGGAAAGGAGUGGAUGCAAACCCAGUUGAGACAUAUGACAGUGGGGAUGAAUGGGACAUUGGAGUAGGGAAUCUCAUCAUUGACCUGGACGCGGAUUUGGAGAAGGACCAACAGAAAUUGGAAAUGUCAGGCUCCAAGGAGGUGGGCCUGCCAGCCCCGAAUGCUGUGGCGACGUUACCAGAGAACAUCAAGUUUGUGACUCCUGUGCCAGGUCCACAGAACAAGGAAGGCAAGUCCAAAUCCAAACGGAGUAAGAGUAGCAAGGACAACGGCAAGGCUGCCCCGGGAUCCUCCCUGUUUACUCCAAGUGAAGGGACUACUGGCAAGAAGGAGGUUCAGGGGCGCUUGGGGGAUGGUGUGAACUCCGGGAGUUUGGUGGCUACCAUUGCCCCCAAAGGCUCUGAGAAAUCAGCCAAGACUUCUCGCAGUGUGGCGAACUCCAAGAAGGAGAAGGAAGGUGGCUCUUCCAAGAGUAAGAAAGAAAGGAGUGAGGGUGUGGGUGCUCCAGCAGAGAAGGAGCCCACUGUACUCCAACCUCUUGCCUUGGCGGUCAGGGUUGGGCAAUACGAUGGUGGCCAAGGAUCUGAUCCUACUGCUGCUGCCGAGCAGCUUGGAGGUAUAGCUAUUGACACGGGAUCUGUGCUCAAUCCUUUGGGAGUUAAAUCAGAACUGGAAGACGGGGACAGCGAGUGCCGACAGCUCAAAAAAGUCAAAUCAGAGAAGAUGGAGUCUCCCGUGUCCACCCCUGCAGUGCUACCACUGCAUCUUCUUGUCCCUGUUGUUAACAGUGAUAUCUCGUCACCAUGUGAACAGAUAAUGGUACGCACUCGCUCUGUAGGGGUGAACACCUGUGAUGUGGCGCUAGCUACUGAACCAGAGUGCCUGGGCCCCUGUGAACCUGGCACCAGCGUUAAUCUGGAAGGCAUCGUGUGGCAGGAGACAGAAGACGGCAUGCUGGUGGUGAACGUUACCUGGAGGAACAAGACAUAUGUGGGUACGCUACUGGAUUGCACACAGCACGAUUGGGCACCACCCAGAUUCUGUGACUCUCCCACCAGUGACCUGGAGAUGCGGAAUGGCCGUGGGAGAGGCAAGCGUGUGCGUCCCAACAGCAAUCCUCCAGUGGCCGAAAGCACAACAGCCACGGAUACCAAAAGCUCCAGCAACAGUAGCAAGACUCGGGCAGGGACCAACAGCAAAGGACGCCGAGGCAGCCAGAACUCCUCGGAGCAUCGCCUCCCCCCCAGUGGCACUUCGGAAGAGGUCAAGGCCAGCCCUUCAUCCGUGACCAAGCGAAAGAGCAAGCCUCUCUCCGACAUGGAAGUGAAUUCCAGUUCUGAGGACUCCAAGGGAAGCAAACGUGUACGCACAAACUCCAUGGGCUCAACAACCACACCUCUAGUUGCAGCAGCUGCUGCAGCAGCAGCAGCAGCCACCACAGCCAUCAAAGUGGAGCCUGCCAUUUUGGAUAGGAAUUGCCCCUCUCCUAUACUCAUUGACUGCCCCCAUCCCAACUGCAGCAAAAAAUACAAGCACAUUAAUGGACUCAAGUAUCAUCAGGCCCAUGCGCACACGGAUGACGACAGCAAGCCUGAGGCCGAUGGGGACAGCGAGUAUGGAGAGGAACCCUCUCUUCCGGCUGACUUGAGCAGCUGCAACGGUGCUUCCGGGAGCCAGAAGGGCUCCCUUUCACCAGCCCGUUCGACGACUCCUAAAGUGCGGCUGAUAGAACCACACAGUCCCUCGCCAUCGAACAAGUUCAACCUCAAAGCCGCUUGCAAGAAGAAAUUAGGUGCUGAAGGAGAUCCUGAUUCUGGUGCUCUUUCUAACGACGGUUCCGAGGAUGGUCCUUUGAUACCUGAUGAGACCAGCAAUGAUGGCUUUGACUCGGUAGAAAAGAGGCCCGGGGACAAAGAAAAGGCGAAAAAGCUGGUUAGCGUCAAGCCCGAGAAAAUUAGUUCGAAGAGCAUCAAGUCCGCCCGACCCAUCGCCCCGGCCAUUCCACCUCAGAUCUACACUUUCCAGGCAGCCACAUUCACCGCUGCCAGCCCUGGCUCCUCCGCAGGCCUCACCACAACCGUCGUCCAGGCCAUGCCUAACAGCCCCCAGCUGAAGCCCAUUCAGCCUAAGCCCACGGUAAUGGGUGAGCCUUUCACCGUCAGCCCAACGCUGACCCCUGUCAAGGACAAGAAAAAGAAGGACAAGAAAAAAAAAGAACCCAAGGAAGUGGAGAGCCCCUUGACCCCCGGGAAAGGGUGUCGGGCUGAGGAAGGCAAGAGCCCCUUCCGCGGGGAGCCCGGCGAUCUCGGGACGAAGGGGGAGAGCCUUCUCAAUGGCUCCUCCGAUCCCCACCAGAGCCGCCUGGCCAGCAUCAAGGCCGAGGCAGAUAAAAUCUACAGUUUCACCGACAACGCCCCAAGCCCAUCCAUCGGAGGGACCAGCCGGCUAGACAGCACGGCCCCCACCCAGCCCAUGACGCCACUUCACGUGGUCACCCAAAAUGGAGCCGAAGCCAGCUCUGUGAAAACGAAUAGCCCGGCCUACUCGGACAUCUCAGAUGCCGGGGAGGACGGGGAAGGGAAGCUGGAGAGCAUGAAGGCCAAGGACCCUGAUCAAAUAGCCAAGGAAGGGGCCAAGAAAGCCCUCUUCCCUUCUCAGCCACAGAACAAGGAAUCUCCUUAUUACCAAGGUUUUGAGGCCUACUAUUCACCAGGUUAUGCCCAGUCAAGCCCCAGCCCCAUUAAUCCCAGCAACCAAACACCCAUAGAUAGCCAGGCCCUGAAGCUGAAGAAAGAUGAAGAGCCACCAAGCCCAGAGGUAAAGGUGAAGAACGAGGCUUGUGAGGAGAAGAAGGCCGAGUUGGGUCCCUCAAGCCAGCAGCCGUCGGUCAUCCAGCAGAGGUCCAACAUGUACAUGCAGUCCCUGUAUUACAACCAAUAUGCCUACGUGCCUCCCUACGGCUACAGCGAGCAAGGCUAUCAUGCUCACUUGCUCAGUACUAACCCAGCCUAUCGGCAACAGUACGAAGACCAGCAGAAGCAGCGCCAGAGUCUGGAGCAGCAGCAGCAGGCGCAGCAGCGUGCCCUGGACAAAAAGGUAGACCUGGGACUGAAGGAAAGAGAGGUGAUCUUGAAGGAGGAGUGGAAGCAGAAGACUUCUCUCCCACCCACUCUGACCAAAGCACCCAGCUUAACUGACCUGGUCAAACCUGGACUCAGUAAGGCCAAGGAUCAAGGAAGCGAUGUCGCCAAGUCGGUCAUUAUCCCCAAAUUAGAGGACUCCACAAAACUCCAAGGCCAGAGUCUAGAAGGCCUCAAGGGAAAAUUAAACGAAAGCCAUCUUGGUAAAGAGACGGCAGACUCAAAGGCAGGCUUGGACUGCGGCCGGCAGGCUGAGGUAGACCCAGUACUUUGGUACAGACAGGAGGCCGAACCCCGCAUGUGGACAUACGUUUACCCCGCUAAAUACCCUGACAUCAAAAUGGAGGAUGAGCGGUGGAAGGAAGAGAGGGAGCGAAAGUUAAAAGAGGAGAGGAGCCGCAGCAAAGAAUCCAUCGGGAAGGAAGACGGGAAAGAGAGCAUCAACUCUGACUGCAAAAUGCCUUCCAGCGAGGAUUCGCGCUUAAUGGGGAAAGACGCCAGAUCCGGCACCCAUGUGCCCGUGUCCUCCCCCCUCACCCAGCACCAGUCCUACAUCCCCUACAUGCACGGCUACUCCUACAGUCAGUCGUACGACCCCGGCCAUCCCAGUUAUCGUGGCAUGCCAACCGUCAUGAUGCAGAACUAUCCAGAAUGUAUGACGUCAGUUGGUUUCUUUGGGUGGUUGGCUGGCUCUCCUGACAAACCCAGGGUAGAAAUGCUGCCUGGUAUCUCUCCCGCAGGCUCUUACCUUCCUUCCAGCUACUCCUUCUCCCCGUACGGCAGCAAAUCCUCGGGAAGUGAAGAGAGCGAAAAAUCUCGAGCUAGUCCUAUUAUCGGCUGCAAAUCCAGCUCUGAAUCCAAGGCCCUGGACAUCUUGCAGCAACACGCCAGCCACUACAAGAGCAAAUCCCCAACGAUAAGCGAGAAGGCCUCUCAGGAGCGCAGCGGCUGCGGGAUAGGAGGAAGCAGCGCAGGCUGCAGCAGCCUAGGGGGAGCCAGCGGCGCUGAGAGAAACGUCGACCGGCCUCGCUCGUCCCCUUCACAGCGCCUGAUGUCUACGCAUCACCAUCAUCACCACUUGGGCUACUCAUUGCUCCCAGCCCAGUACAACUUGCCCUAUGCAACAGGUCUUUCAUCUACAGCCAUUGUUGCCAGUCAGCAAGGUUCUGCUCCUUCCCUCUAUCCCCCGCCCCGAAGGUGAAAAUGGACAUGACUGAUAAGGUAACCCGGCCUGUACCAAGACAUGUGACUGGCUCACAUGAGGAAGCGCUGGAAACUGCAUUAAGACAUCAGUUGAAUGGUGUUGAUUGUUCUGCUCGAUGGUCCUGCCACAGUGUGAUGCAGACUCUGCCCCUCCCCUGUUGAACACACACAGACACACACACACGCAGACAGACACAUAUACACGCUGAGCCCCAUACGAGUGAGCGAUGGAGCUGGGACUUGCCGAAAAUAUUUAUUCAUCUGACUUGGGGUGACCGGCCGUUUUCCAGAACUCUUCUGGGAAAGAGGACGGGGAUGGUGGACCGAGCGACGGCGUGACAUCACAGGACCUUUGGAAAUACGUUGGGGUGGAAGAGCCACCUGAGUUUUCAGUUCCACUCACAGCUGCCCCCUAGUUCCUGGGCUGCAGCCGAGAAAGCUAUUCCAGAGUUGGCCGAAGAAAACAUCCAGAUGGUGGGUUUGGGGGUUCUUUUUUUUUUUUUUUUCCCUCUUUUCAUGGGUGAGAACUAGUCACCUGGCACAAGCAGGUAGGUGGACUCUCACAAAGAGCACCGGAAAGAUGAGGCCCUCCUGCCUCACGCUGGCCUAGGGAAACGGGGGAGGAAGCAAGGAGGCCGCCAGGCCUGCUGCUAACCCGACUCAGCCGUACAUUUCUCAGUCGGGAACGGUUACCGAACUUCUCUCUGUAGCACUUUGCCUUGUGGGUCUGCUGCUCUCCGAAAGGCCGUCCCACCAGCUGUUUUUUUCUAAGCCCUCUCCCUGCUGGCGGGACUCGCCUGUGGCAAGGCAGCAGCCGCUUUGCUUCCCAGCACAAACCGCCUCUCAGUACUGCUACAAUAUGGCCUUUGGGCAGGCUGGUCCUGCUUCUGUCGGCCCCCCACCCGCCCCACUGUGGCCCAGCAGUCAGGUGGCUCC